GACUAAAUAGCCAUGAGAGAGAGAGAGAGAGAGAUGGAGGAGAGAGAGUUGGUCCAUCUUCCAAUCCACCCUCACCCUUUGAGACCGUGUGACAUGUCAAUUUUCUACUGCGAGAUGUGUCGUACUAAACAAAACAACUCGGAUGGUUACAGUUGCGAGACUUGCAUCAGUGCCGUAUUCCACAGGGAAUGUGCAGCAUCCCCAUUGGAGCUCCAUCACCACCCUUAUCACCCUCCUCACUCUCUCACUCUCUGUCCCCUUAAUCGUGAUCUCGGUGAAGCUUCGGAGAUUUGCAGUUUUUGCGCAGAAAAACUUGGAGGAGGAUGGGUAUAUCACUGUCCUGCCUGCAGCAAAUUCGUCGUCCAUCUGCUUUGCGCCAGGAAGCCGCCGGCUUUCGAGGUGGCUCACCCCAAGAGCCAUGGCCAUAAGCUCUUCCUCCUCCCCAAACCACGCCUCUUCACCUGCGACGCUUGCGGUUUAACCAUCGAUUCUCCCUCUCUUCCUUGGGCUUGUCUCCAAUGCGGAGCCAUGCUCCAUGGAUCAUGCGUAGAUUUACCACGCGUCAUCCGGAUCUCCCGCCACCAUCAUCGUCUCCGUUACGCUUCCUCUCCCCCUCCCCCUCCACCUCAUGAAGCAUGGUCCUGCGGAGUUUGUCGCAAGGUGGUCGACAACCAAUACGGGGCGUAUUUGUGUUCCAACAGCUGCCGCUACGUCGUCCACUCAAAGUGCGCAACACGAGAAGAUGUGUGGGACGGGCAAGACCAUGAGGGAACGCCUGAAGAGCCCGAAGACGUGGAGGAGCCGUUCGAGGUUAUAAAUGACAAAGUUAUACGGCAUUUCAUUCACGGACAUCAUCUCGAAUUGAACGAGGUGGAUGGUGCCAGGUUAGAUGGAAGCGAGCACUGUCAGAUAUGCGCUCUUCCCAUUCGUGUCCAUUCUGGUAGUAUCUACCGCUGCACGCAAUUCGACUGCGGUUUCGUUCUCCACGAAACAUGCGGUAAUCUACCAAGAAUGACAUGGUAUAUGUUACAUCCCCAUCGUCUCAAGCUACAAACAUGUGGAGUAGAGAGGAGGGGCUGUCGCAUUUGUCCUCGGUACUUUAGUGGCUUAAUGUACGACUGUAGCAGAGAGGAUUGUCAUUUCGGAAUUGACGUGCAUUGCGCUGCUGUCUCAGAGCCCUUACUCCAUAUUACUCAUCCGCAUCCUCUGUUCUCCUUGUCGAGUUCGUUGUAUGGCAAAACAUGCUCCGGUUGCAAAAGAAUACAAUAUUUCAGUACGGUGAUGGAAUGCAUCAGAUGCGACUUCUACUUAUGUUUCACAUGCAUAACCUUACCACCAAAGGUAAGUUACAAGCACGACAGACAUCCCCUUGUUCUUGUUGGUGGCGCUGGUGGAGAAGAGGCCACCGUAGGUGGAGAAAACUGGUGGUGCGAGAUUUGUGAAGGGAAAAUGAAUCCGGAAGAAGAAUUGUAUUACACUUGUGAUAUUUGUUGUGUCACUGUUCAUGUCAGUUGCCUUCUGGGGGAGGAUCCACACUUGAAGCCGGGUCAUUAUUCUGACCCAUUUGCAAGAGAGUUCAAUGAUGAUGAUUAUGAUGAUGAUGAUGAUGGUUACUACUACAACAAGCGACGGGUGACCGAGUUUGAAAUCCUAGCUAACAUCAGUUGUAGCCGACCAUUAUGCCAUCGAUGUCAAAGGCGUUGUCCAUUCCCCAUUGUUUUCAAGGAAAAUGAUCGUCAUUUUUGUACUUACUAUUGCCUAUAUUUUUGAGUUAAAACUUAAGUACAUUAAGUUUGAACAAUGUUUUUCUUUUAAACAUUUGAAAAGACCGAUAUCCGGUUUUUAUUUUCUU